ACCUGUUGAGGCUGAGCAGGAGCUGCACUUUUCUCUCAGACUCAGGAGGACCCGACCCCGUCGUCCGUCACUCUCUGACAAGCAGCCAUGGGUUCCAUGGUGUGGGGCUGCGUCACUGACUUCUUCACCUACGAGACCACCAAGUCUGUGGUGGUCAAGAGCUGGUCUGUGGGCAUCAUCAACCGGAUUGUACAGCUGCUCAUCAUCUCAUAUUUUGUCGGCUGGGUCUUCAUCCACGAGAAGGCUUAUCAGUCGAUCGACACCGGCAUUGAGUCCUCUGUGAUGACCAAAGUAAAAGGCUUUGGUUACCAUCACAACCAAGUGAUGGAUGUGGCCGACUAUGUCUUCCCCCAACAGGGCGCAGGUGUCUUCUGCAUCAUGACCAAAGUCAUCAUCACACAAAAUCAGUUUCAAGGAAAAUGUCCAGAGAAUGGACACAGGUUUAAUUGUACCAUAGAUGAAGAUUGCCACAGUCAUUUUGGCAGCAUCCAAUCCAACGGGAUAAUAACAGGUGUUUGCAUUAAAUCCUUUAAUGAGACUGUGGGUAAGUGCGAGAUUAACGGAUGGUGUCCAGCCGAGAACGACCAAGUUAAGAUCAAACCAAUGCUAGAUGUGAACAACUUCACCAUCUUUAUCAAAAACAGUAUUCGGUUUCCCCUCUUCGAUGUCACUAGAGGGAACUUUCCCUCCACAAUGACGGCCGCACAGAUCAAGAACUGUACCUACCAUCCGGACAUCAGCCCCUCCUGCCCCAUCUUUCGUGUGGGGGACAUUCUGAACUACACCGGGCAGAACGUGGCUGGCCUGGCAGACAAGGGUGGAGAAAUAGGAAUUAACAUUCAGUGGAAGUGUAACCUGGACCUGCACAUUGAAAAUUGUGUACCCAAGUACUCGUUCACACGACUGGACGCACCGUUUGCCAAGAACGCCGUGUCCAAAGGCUACAACUUCAGAUUUGCCAAAUAUUUCAAGACAGAGAACGGGACUGAGUUUCGGACACUUCACAAAGCAUAUGCAAUCCGCUUUGACGUCAUGGUCACUGGCAAUGCAGGAAAGUUUGACACAAUCCCAACACUGAUCAACUUGGUAGCUGCCUUCACCUCUGUUGGACUGGGUACGGUCCUCUGUGACGUUAUCUUACUGAACUUCUUGAAAGGGGCCGAUCAGUACAAAGCCAAGAAGUUUGAAGAGGUGUCGGAGGCUCAGAUUGAAGCCUCUCUUGCUCAGAGCCCAGGCAGCCAGCUGUCACUCAAACCUGGCAUCAAGAGCUCUUACGACUCUGGAGCCAUUUCCCUCGAAACGUGUGACCAACCUGACCUGUCAACAACAAUUUGAACAAACGGUCACCCUCCAUUAUCUCUCUCUUUCUCUUACUGCCUUAACUGAAGUGAAGACAAUGUCUGCACACUGUCCUGUUACUUGCAAUACACUCAAACUGAUGAAGGACUGAGGAUCAAAAUGCUGUUUGCUGAAUAAAGUUUAUUGCAACUAAAAGGAUAGCGUGCAGGAAUCGUCUUUUCUUCACCUAUGGACAAUUUCCUCCUACGCACCUGUAUACAAGUUUUUUAAGGUGUGCAUGAGCCUCCUCAUUUUAGUCUUCAUGCCCUAUUACAAGAGAUUCACUACACAUUUAUUGUCAGGAGCUUGCAGUUUGACUAUGGCAAGUUUUUGGAAAUGGAAAGUCACUGCCAUCUUCACAUUUUGCAACAGAAGGUUGGAGCCAGAAGAAAAGAAUUAUUGUCUUCAGCUCAUAAUAGUAACUGGAUCCUUCUAGCCAACUCUUCACCAUUUAGAUUAGUUAAAACUAAAGCCUUUUAAACUCAUAGGGAAAUAUACAGUAGUAAAGAAUGUUGUUUUAUUGUGCGCAGUUUUAAUUUACAAGGCAUUUUACAGCUACAAUAAACUGCAGCGUCCUGUUUUUCAGCCAAAAAUAUUAAAGCUGAAUAAUUUUCCUUCUCAUUUCCUGUUAGCUUUGCUUGAACAAGCCGAGAUUUUAAAAACACAUGUUCAAAAAACAGUGCUGAAAAUAAACUAUUUGCACAAUUUGGAGAAUUUCUCUUUCUUGUCAUGUCCACACACUCACCAACUGGCCUUUCUCUUUGUCCUGCGCAAAUAAAAGCACUAAAGAGUCUCCUAAUGGUGUAAAGACAUGGUCAAUGGUUACAUGUGUGUGUGCGUUAUGAGAGGGGGCUGCAGUGGGAUAAAUGCGUGUGUGGUUUGAGGUUUACAAAUGGACCAUUAUUAGUCCACUUCUGGGCGAUGACGUACAGUGGAUGUUACUGUACAGACUAAUGGACUAGUGUAAUUCAUCCUUUUCCAGUCUGAAAUGACAUUACAAUUCUCUUUUUUCUCUCCGCUUAUUUCUCAUGUUUACUCCCACAGUUUCACAUAAUUAUCUCAAUGUCUUGCUCUCUCUGUCACACACAUGGUGCACAUUUUAGUGCCUCCCCCUCCUCUCCCUUGUUUCACUAUAAACUGUGACCGGGGCACUAAUAGAUCAGCUAAAGAGCCUCUUAAUGGCUCUGACAGCGAUUUACGAGAGAAGAUAGCUGUGAAGGGAGGCCGCAGAGGAAUUGACAGCAGUUAGCCACCAAGUUUGAUGUACUAAUUUAAUCAUAUAAAUCUGUAUAAUGCAUGUAAUGGAAAUGACAGAAUAUGAUACACAGAGCCGUGAAGUACUCUAUCUCUCUGAAUGAUGCCUCUGGUCACUCUGAGGCAGGUCUGUAGCUCGUCUGCGGACAGCAUGAACAAACAGUUUUCUGUCUGCUGUAACAGCGCUUGAAGGCCAAGCAAGGCUGAGUAUGUGUGCACGCGCACACAGUUCUGCUAUUGUAGAACAUAACAGAAUCUAUAAAUGUAACCGGGAUAAUGAGGUGGGGCGACUUGAGUCACAUGACUUUACAUGAUGGCACGUUCGCCUGCUGCAGCAGGUGCUCCGUCCCCACCGAGACCUGUUUCUGUCCUCACAGUGUGCCGGUGUCUCACACACACACACACACACACAC